AAUCACAAUGAACUUUAAGGAAGCCAUCACAGAGGAAAGAGCUGCUCAAGUAGAAGAAAACGUGCACUUGAUCAGAUUCCUGAGGUUUCUUGCUAACUUCUUUGUGUUCCUGACACUGGGCGCAAGUGGAUACCUCAUCUUCUGGGCCGUGAAGAGAUCCCAGGAAUUUGCGCAGCAGGACCCUGACACCCUUGGGUGGUGGGAAAAAAAUGAAAUGAACAUGGUGAUGUCCCUGCUGGGGAUGUUCUGCCCGACGCUGUUUGACCUGUUCGCUGAACUGGAAGACUACCACCCUCUCAUUGCUCUCAAGUGGCUACUCGGACGGAUUUUUGCUCUUCUUUUAGGCAACUUGUAUGUAUUUAUUCUUGCCUUGAUGGAUGAGAUUAACAACAAGAUUGAGGAGGAGAAGCUGGUAAAGGUCAAUAUCACCCUGUGGGAAGCCAACAUGAUCAAGGCCUACAACGCGUCUCUCUCUGGGAACAGCACUGGACUCCCCUUUUUUGUUCACCCUGCUGAUGUACCUCGGGGACCCUGCUGGGAAACAAUGGUGGGCCAGGAAUUCGUGCGGCUCACGGUUUCUGAUGUUCUAACCACUUACGUCACCAUCCUCAUCGGGGACUUCCUAAGGGCAUGUUUUGUGAGGUUUUGCAAUUAUUGCUGGUGCUGGGACUUGGAAUAUGGAUAUCCUUCCUACACGGAAUUUGACAUCAGUGGCAAUGUCCUGGCGCUGAUCUUCAACCAAGGCAUGAUCUGGAUGGGGUCGUUCUUUGCUCCGAGUCUCCCGGGCAUCAACAUCCUUCGUCUGCACACGUCCAUGUACUUCCAGUGCUGGGCCGUGAUGUGCUGCAACGUCCCCGAGGCCAGAGUCUUCAAGGCGAGUUGCUCCAACAACUUCUACCUGGGCAUGCUGCUGCUCAUCCUCUUCCUGUCCACCAUGCCGGUGUUGUACAUGAUUGUGUCCCUCCCGCCGUCCUUCGACUGUGGCCCUUUCAGUGGCAAAAAUCGGAUGUUCGAAGUCAUUGGCGAGACCCUGGAACAUGACUUUCCCAGCUGGAUGGCGAAGAUACUGAGGCAGCUCUCGAACCCCGGACUGGUCAUUGCUGUUGUGCUGGUGAUGGCUUUGACCAUCUAUUAUCUCAAUGCUACUGCCAAGGGCCAGAAGGCAGCAAACCUGGAUCUCAAAAAGAAGAUGAAGAUGCAAGCGCUGGAGAACAAGAUGCGGAACAAGAAGAUGGCGGCCGCCCGCGCAGGUGAGAGGCGCUGAGGGCGCGAGCUUCAUUUCUCAGCUGCCGCCGUG